UAGUAAAUAAAUGUAUUGUGACUGGUGAUGAUGAUGAAGAAGAAGCAGAAAAUAUUAUAAAUUUUGUUUGCGUGGACAAAUACAUUAAACAUUGUUAAAUAAUAUAAACAUUUUCGUCUAUAAAAAUGAACGAAGCAGAUAUUCCAAUUGAUAUUCAUACGCUAAAGCUGCAAGAUUGGCUGAUAAGUAGACGAAUUGUACCAAAAACGAUUCAGAAAAAUAUCAAAGAGAUCCGUACAAAAAUUUCAAAUGCACUUCAGGAUAUGCCAGCGAAUGACCAACUUAUAAAAUUAUUGUCCGGUACAAACAUAAACUACUAUCAUUGUAAGGAGAUAGUGGAAAUACUCAAACAAACUGAAAAAGAGACUAAAAGUGUUUUUGGUACUUAUGGCAGUCAAAGAAUGAAAGAUUGGCUGGAGAUACUGCGCUUGUAUGAAAAAGAAAACGUAUACCUUGCUGAGGCUGCGCAGAUAUAUGUUCGAAAUGUAAACUAUGAGGUGCCUGGUGUUCGCAAACAAAUGACCAAACUGGAGCAACAAAGUGAUGAAUGUAUAAAGCGUGUACAAGAUCUUGGCAAGCCGGAGGCACAAUUACUGUCCGAACAUGCGGCACUUUUGCAACAACUCGGCGUCAAAGGUGAUCAUCUGCGGGAUGAAUUUUUACAAGUUUUAGCAAAAUUACCGGAAAUGUAUGCGAACUCAAUACGGGAUAUUGGAAAGUUAGGAGAGGCAGUUAACCUUUUCUCUGAAGGAAGUGAUAAGCAGUGUUUACCAUUAUUGCGACACCUUAUUGAGUUUGGAAACACAACCGUUUAUCAGUAUGUGAACAAAGAAGCGCCUUUGACAAUUGAAGAACCACCAGUUAAAUUAAACUUAAGUGAGGAUAACACUAUGGCGAAUACUGAUGAAAACGAAAUUGAUUUUGGCGGUGACGAUAAUGGUGGCACGUCAUCCACAAUAUCAGCGGAGAUGAUAGAUUUUGGCGAGUUAAGUUUGGAUGUAAACAACGUCGCAAAUGAAACGGAUCCUAAUGACGGUGACAUUGACUGGGGUAUUGAAACUACUCCGACUGAUGUUGUAGAGAUAGAUUUGGACAUACCAAUUGAGGAAUAUGGUAUUGUUAUAGAAGGUGCUGGUUUGGACGGAGGAGUAGCAAAAGGGGAGCAAGCUUACACAAUUCUAGAUUCACCAACUUAUCGUGAUAGAUUUUUGGAUGAAAUUUACGAGUUAGAAGCGUUUUUGCGUAUGCGUUUAUAUGAACUUAAUCAGUUGGACGCAUCAAGUAAUAUAAUGUUCUCACUAAUGGAUACCAUUUCCACCUACGAUGCAGACAGCAUUCGAAAAAUGCUAACAAAUAUAGAAAAAGUUUUAUGUGAAAUAUGCAAUGAACAAACUCGACAUCUCUUUCAACUUAAACAUUCGCCAAAAUAUGCUGAUUUGCUGGCGAAUAAGUUAAAACAAAUGACCAAGGCUGUGGAUAAAAUUCGUGACACUAAGGAAGUCCUUAAAAAUCGCUCGCUUGAAUUGAAGCAGCAGCGUGUUGAUUUGAAUCCUGUUCUGGCUGAGUUGGUGGCACAGACUAAAAAGCUUCAAUUAAAUAUUGAAAACGAUAUAUCCAAACGUUACAAAAAUCGUGUGGUAAAUCUAAUGGGAGGUGUAAAUUAAUGUUUUUAAUUUUUUUAUAUCGUUAACAAUGUUACGUAACAUGAAAAUAUGUAUUUAUUCAAU